AUGAAAGAUCCAUUUCCCUUCCCGCCUUCGGUUUGGCUCUCCGAAAAGACACAACCAUGGGCCGACUACUUCGACCUUCCUACUCUACCAAUGCAUAUACAUGAAGUAUUUGCUGCUGCGCUACUGUACUCGGUCGUCUUUUGGCCAAUCUCGCCAUUGAUUUCAAACUUUUUAGCUCCGGAACACUACUCCAAGCUGUCCCGGAAGAGGCGACUGAAUUGGGAUGCUCACGUUGUCUCCAUGGUUCAGAGCUGCCUGAUCAACAGCCUCGCCAUAUGGGUUAUGUUCGUUGAUACCGAACUCAGCAAUAUGCAAUGGGAAGAGCGCAUCUGGGGUUAUACUGGUGGAGCCGGCUUUAUCCAAGCGCUCGCGGCUGGAUAUUUCCUCUGGGACUUGGUUGUCACCAGCUUGAACUUCGAUGUCUUUGGCAUAGGAACCCUCGCGCAUGCUGUCGCUGCGCUGCUUGUCUACUCUCUCGGAUUCCGUCCGUUCCUGAACCACUAUGCCUGCGUCUUCAUCCUAUGGGAAUUGUCUACACCUUUCCUCAACGUCCACUGGUUUAUGGAUAAGAUGAGCAUGACUGGCACACGAGCGCAGCUGUAUAACGGCCUCGCCCUCCUCUUCACGUUCUUUUCGUGCCGGCUUGUGUACGGAACAUACUCAUCUUUUCGUGUCUAUCGCGACGUAUGGUCCGCAAUCAAUGUCACUCCUGACAUGAAGGCACUCAUGAUGCCGACCAUGACAUUUGCACACCCAGACUCCACAGUACCUAUGUGGAUUGGGGUCGCAUAUCUGGCAAGCAACAUAACCCUGAACAGCCUCAACUUUUACUGGUUCUUCAUGAUGAUUCGAGCUGUUCGCAAGCGUUUCGAGCCUUCGUCAAGCUCACAGGAGAAGACCGAAAAAAGCCGUGUUACUGAAACAGAAAUCGACCUUUGUUCUGUUGCAACAGGGUCAUCAAAAGCCGGGGCCGGUCGUCGCCGGAAGGCAUGA